AUGUUCGGUGCCCGCCAGUUCGCCCGCAGCGCCCCGCGCUUUGCUGCCCAGCUCCGCGCCCCUGCCCAGCGCCGCCUCCUCACCACCGGCGAGAACGAGUUCAUCAAGGAACGUCAGCACAUCAAGGAGCACGCCAAGGGCACCACUGAGCUGUGGAAGAAGAUCUCCAUCUAUGCUGUGAUCCCCGCCCUCGGCCUCGCUAGCGCCAACGCCUGGUACCUCUGGAACGCCCAUUGGGACCACUGGUCUCACCUCCCUCCUCUGGAGGAGCGCACUGAGUACCCCUACCAGAACAUCCGCAGCAAGAACUACCAGUGGGGUGAUGGUGACAAGAACAGCUGGAACGAGAGCGUCAACUACCACCGCAAGGACAAGGCCUAA